CCGAGGCUGAGGGCUGCAAGGCUGUGACAAGCCCACGUGACUUCACGUGAUACCGCCUCGAGCUGCGCAAGGCCCCAGAAGACGCGCAUCUUCAUCGUCACUUCGGCGAGGGUCAACCGUCACGUUUCUGUCUUGAUUGUCAAACAACUUCCUUGUGGUCUUCGUGGUUUCUGUUUUGUAUCAACAAUUCUUCUCUCUUUGUAAUCUCCGGUAGCCUUACCGGUACUUAAUCCUCUGCAGCAAGACCCGUCCUCCACCUUCCUUGUGCCUGAUUCCAUCAUGGACACCCUCGUUGUCCAAUACACGCAACCUCCUUAUGCCAAUGAAGGCUUCACGUCAGACGAUCAAAAUGAACAUACUGAGACCGUGCCUCCUCUAUCCCUCAAAUUCGCUUUACCUCCAGUCGCUCAGCCUUCGUCCUUUCUACGUGCCGCCACGGACGACUACUCAAACCCGAACUGCCCGAUCAAGAUUGCCCAUGGUACGACAACGUUAGCUUUCAGAUUCAAGGGGGGUAUCAUUGUCGCGACUGAUUCAAGGGCUACGGCUGGUAACUGGAUUGCCUCACAAACGGUUAAAAAGGUCAUUGAGAUCAAUCCGAUGUUGCUGGGGACGAUGGCUGGAGGAGCUGCUGAUUGUCAAUACUGGCUCGCAUAUCUCGGAAUUCAAUGUCGGUUGCACGAGCUCCGACACAAGCGACGCAUUUCUGUGGCUGCCGCAUCCAAAAUCCUGGCCAAUCUCGUGUAUUCCUACAAAGGCAUGGGACUGUCUAUGGGUACAAUGAUCACGGGCGUCACCCCUCAAGAAGGUCCGGCCCUCUACUACAUUGAUUCUGAUGGGACACGGUUAUCAGGCAAUCUGUUUUGCGUGGGUUCCGGUCAGACGUUUGCGUAUGGUGUCCUAGAUGCACUUUACAAAUACGACUUGGAAGAUGAUGAGGCUCUGGAACUGGGUAGGAGGAGUAUUCUUGCAGCGACUCACCGAGAUGCUUACUCCGGUGGAUACAUCAACCUGUACCAUGUUAAGGAGGACGGCUGGGUGAAGCACGGUUUCUUCGACACCAACCCGAUCUUCUGGCAGACCAAACUUGAGAAGGGCGAAUUCUCCAAUGUGACGAGUGAGCUGAACUAGGGACUUCAUUUUUGGCAAUGAGUUCAGAAGGAGGUUACUCAUGUACAACCAUACCCGACUAGUGUAUCAGAAGGUGCUUCUCCGGGGAUCCAUUUCAGUGGUGUUAGGAUGCUCCAGGCAAGCCGCACUCUAGAUAAAGGAUGCUUUGAGCCAACCAGUCUUCAAAUAAUUGAGGCAAGGAUCAGUUCAAUGACUGUCGUACUGUAGGUUAUGAGAAGUCUGAGAGCUGGGAACCAAGUCUGAGAGCCUCGUCGCUUGAAUGGCUGGAGUGCACCACGAGGCUGAAGAUUCCGC